AUGAAUCGCCGUCAAGUCUCGGUCUCUGUCGAUUUUCUCGCACCAAAUGUUGAAGUGGAAAUCACGGAAGACGACUACCUGGGCUUGAAAGCCUUGCUUUCGACGGCUUCUUCACCGGCUCCGUCGAGCAGUGCUCCGAUGACGACCAAUAAGAUUAUUGUGACUUGCGGGACUAUCAGUGGUGUGCUUCACCUGGAGCACUUUGUCUGUCCAGGAAUCAGAGAGAACUGCAUUGAGGUAGCAGGUGAGUAAAGUGGUUUUUCUGAUAAAAUUGAUAAGAAAGCAUGUUCAGACGCUCCUGGAGUACUGAUUACUCCUAUGGAUUUCACGAAGAAGGCCGAGAAAGAAAAGCAAAAAGAUUGGAAAGGAGCCAUCAAGCACGAGGGAAAGAUGCUCAGGUAAUUGGGGAUCGAGAAUGUACAUCUACAAUGUUCUAUCCUUCUUUCCAGAACGCUUAUGGAGUACAAGCUCUUGAAUUUCCACCAGCACGAGACGAGCUGCCUAAACAAGUGCCACUCGCGCAACUACAUCACCGCCAAGAACAGCGACAAUCCUUCGCGCCGUCGUAGAACCCAGAAGCCACCAGUAAGGGGACUGCGCCGGGAGACUGUCAAUAACGAUGCUUUUGUCAACUCAAUUUUACAAAGCGAGCAACUGGGCGAUUUAAUGAAGACUCCGCAGGUCAUGUCGCUUCUUUCCACCUACUACGCGGCCGAGAAUCUGAAGAGACAAGAGGAGGCGGAGAAGCAGAGAGCUCAGAAGCAAGAGGCUAUCAAGAAUCUUCUACUUGAUGGUAAGUAUCUGAUGUUUAGGUACAUUUAACAAUAGAAUCCCACUUCAGAUCCUCUGGCGUUUUGGACCCAAACCGUUCAGUGCAACCUGACUAACAUGGUGCUCAACGGAAUGACCCGCGAACUCGGCGCUCUCGCUCAGAACAUCAAUCUCGGAAUGGAGCCGGCUACUGGAGCUCAGAAAAUCAGCGACAUGGUCCAGGUGCUCGGAAUGACCGACUCUCUGCCAAAGGAGAUGUGCGGCCAGUUUGUGCUUCCUACUCAGGAGAAUGCAGUGAAGAAUGGUUAGUUGAAAACUGCGCAAACCCCCCGAUUUUACCUAGAAGUUUGCAGAAAACGUGCAAGAGAGCGCCUUAUCGUCCCGUCGUUCUUCCACUGAGAAUGCAGACGUCCGUGGUCUCCAGAAUCUUCUGAAACUCCAGGAGCAUCCACACGCGUCAAUUUCUUCUCACGACACCGGGGUUCUCAGCUCUGCGGAGAAAGUGGAGAUCAUGCUCAAAGCAAUGUACUAA